AUGAGGUCCCUGGCCCUCGGCCUCUUCUGCCUGUUGUGCUGUAACGCGGUCCGACUGGACGGACGGCGUCCCAGACCCAUCGCGGUCAGAGGUCGCAAUGAGACCGGUAUCCAAACCAAACCAGUGGAGGACCCCUGCAAAGCAAUGCCGCUGGAUUUCGUCUUUGUCAUCGACAGCUCCCGAAGCAUCCGCCCCAACGACUACGAGAAGGUCAAGGCCUUCAUCGUCAACCUGCUUCAGUUCCUCAAGGUGGGCCCCGACGCCACGCGGGUCGGCCUGCUACAGUACGGCAGCGUGGUCCAGCCCGAGUUCUCCCUCAACACCUACACCACCAAGGACCGGGUGGAGCAGGCGGUGAGGAGCAUGGAGCACCUCGCCACGGGGACGAUGACCGGCCUGGCCAUCCAGUACACCAUGGAGACGGCCUUCACCGAGGAGGAGGGCGCUCGACCGGCGGACCUGCUCAUCCCGCGCAUCGCCAUGGUCGUGACUGACGGGCGGCCUCAGGACACGGUGGAGGAGAUCGCGGCUCAGGCGAGGCAGGCCGGCAUCCAGAUCUUUGCCAUCGGAGUGGGCAGGGUGGACAUGAACACGCUGAAGGCCAUCGGGAGUGAGCCGCACUCUGAGCAUGUGCACCUGGUGGCCAACUUUAGCCAGAUAGAAACCCUCAUCUCCGUGUUCCAGUCCAAACUGUGUGGAGGGUCAGAGAUGUGUGAGGUGGUGGACCACCAGUGCCAGCACAUCUGUGUGAGCAGCCCCGCCUCAUACAGAUGCAAGUGCAGGAAGGGCUUCAACCUUAACCCUGACGGCAAGACAUGCACAGCCUGUGGCGAUGGAGUCAUGGAUCUGGUUUUCGUAAUCGAUGGCUCGAAGAGUCUGGGCCCUGCCAACUUCGAACUGGUCAAGCAGUUUGUGAGCAGCAUCGUGGACUCGCUGGACAUUUCCCUGACGGGCGUGCACGUCGGCCUUCUACAGUACUCCACCAAGGUGCGCACGGAGUUCACCCUGGGCCAGUACAGCGUGGCACGCAGCGUCAAGCAGGCCGUGUCCCGGAUGCAGUACAUGGGGAGAGGCUCCAUGACGGGCUCCGCCUUGCGCCACAUGUUCGAGUCCAGCUUCUCGGCCAAAGAGGGAGCCAGGCCCAACGUGCCCCGUGUCGGCGUCGUGUUUACUGACGGGAGGUCGCAGGACGACGUGUCCGGAUGGGCUGAUAAAGCAAAGGACUCUGGGGUCACGUUAUACGCCCUGGGUGUCGGCAAGGCCAUUGAACAGGAGCUGAGACAAAUAGCUUCAGAGCCCGAUGAGAAGCAUCUCUACUACGCUGAGAAUUUUGAGAAAAUUGGAGAGAUUACAAAGAAGCUCAAGUCCAGGAUAUGUAAAGACAAACCAUCCGGAGAAAGCAUGUGCCAGUGUGAGAGCGUCAUAAUGUUUCAAACGCAGGUCACAGAGAAGCUGAAGAAGCUGGCGCAGAAUAUUGAAGCCAUGACAAAGAAGCUGGACACACUCGAGAAUCAAGUCAGACGCAAAUGA